AUGCUGCAUGCGCUGCAUUUUUUGCAGCGGCGGCGUGUGAGGUUUCGUUUCCCUCCUCCUCCGCUGGAGCUUCUAUCGGCCCACCUGCAGCGGCGGCGUGUGAGGUUUCGUUUCCCUCCUCCUCCGCUGGAGCUUCUAUCGGCCCACCGGCGGCGUGUGAGGUUUCGUUUCCCUCCUCCUCCGCUGGAGCUUCUAUCGGCCCACCAUCCCGUAUCCAGGGCUGUGCAUUCCUUCGAGACGCCGUACUUUAAGGGAUCAAUGAUUGCAUGCGCCGCGGGGGUAGGAGAUAUGAAGGAUUGUGGUUUGGGGGCGCCGAAUGCAACGAUGAGGGUUUUGAUUCAGGGUCAGUUUCUCCACCCAUGGCGACUAGGAGAGGUUCUAUCAGGUCAAGUGUUCUCUCGCCCCCUGCAGCAUCUACCCCCCCGCUGGAUUGUCUCUUUAGGAAUUAAAGUUGUUAAAACCCUCACAGACCUCAUCGAGGAGGAUAUAUGCUCGGAGACGGAACCCUACUUUUUGUCUCCUCUUGUUUGUCUCGCUGACAAAAUUAGCGUUGUAGAGUAA